CAGAGCGCAGGUGCUACGUCACAUAAAUCAGCUGCGCACGCAUCAACGAGGAAGUAACCUCGAAACUGCUGCUGCUGAAAAUGUUUACAUUCAGUUUGACGCUCGUACGACAUGGAGAAACACAGUACAACAGGGACAAGCUUCUGCAAGGACAAGGUGUGGACACGUCUUUAUCAGAGACAGGUGUGCAGCAGGGUGAGGCGGUGGGAAGAUACCUCAAAGGAAUCCCGUUCAACCACGUGUUCGUCAGUAACCUCCAACGAGCAGUACAGACGGCUGAACUCAUUCUGAGCAACAACACUCACUGCUCUGGCAUGGAGAUGGUUUUGGAGCCGUUACUCAGAGAGAGGGGUUUUGGUGUUUGUGAAGGUCAUCCUAAAGAGGACCUGAAGAACAUGGCCAACGCCUGUGGUCAGCCAUGUCGUGAUUUCACACCUCCCGGGGGAGAGACUUUGGACCAGGUGAGGCUGCGGUUCAAAAAAUUCCUCAAAGUCCUUUUCAAACGAUUGUUGGAGGAGCACGGCUGGUCCCAACCAGACGCUUCUGCGGGAUUAUCAGAAGCCGCAAACGGGACCUCGGCCGCCGCCGCCUCGGACACUGCACCCGCCGGUUCUGCAGACGACGGCCUCCAGGGAGUGUCGGUCCACGCCCUGGUCGUGAGUCACGGCGCUUACAUCCGAGUAGCCAACAAACACCUGGUGGAGGACUUGGACAGCUCUCUGCCCGCGGGGGUGAGGAUGUCCCAGCUGUUCUCACCCUGUCCAAACACGGGAAUCGCCCGUUUCCUCGUCACUUUGAGCAAGUCUGAGUCCGGCUCUCCCGUCCUCACCGCUGUUCGCUGCUUCUUCACGAACAGGAAGAGUCACCUGGAUGACCUCCAAGCUGCUGAAUAAUGUCGAGGGGAAGAAAGGGAUGGAAACACCGUCUCUCUGACGCGAACAAUCAAGAACACUUCAAUGCACAGGGUUAAAGAUGUGUUUAAAUGUUGAUAGUGAGUCAAAAUCAUUUUGCACUACUGUGUUAUCAAACACUCCUCAUCCUCCCAGCUGGAGGCCAGUGUGUACUUUUUAAUGUGUAUUUUAAUCACCUCGUUUAUCAUGUUAUACCAAAGUCAGAACUAUUGCAUAUGUUAUGAAGCUCUGUCAUCGUGUGUGUGUGUGUGUCUUCUCAUUGAACUCGUGCAAUACAACAUGAAAACACUGAAUUAUCAUAUUUAUAGACGACAUGAGAUAAUGCAGUGUUGCACUCCAUAAAAAUACUGCAAAGAGACAUUGGUGGCGUUUGUAUUUGAGUGUUUAUUUGAGGCCUCUCAGUGUUAAAUUGAAGUGCUUUAUCUUUUUCUAUUUUUAGAGUUUUUAUCCCCCCCUCCCUCCCCUCCUCUCGGCUGUAUGGCUGAGCCUUGAAGCUCAUCACGGCCUGAAUAAUUCAAAAAACGACGUGAUCUUUUAAUUCUAAAACUUCAAGGUAAAAAAAAAAAAAAGCUAAAAA